AUUAUGUUUGGCUUUCACAAGUCAAAGAUCUAUCGGAGUAACGACGGCUGCUGCAUCUGCAAGACCAAGUCAUCCAGUUCGCGUUUCACGGACAGCAGUCGAUAUGAAGAGACGUUCCGGCUGUGUUUUGGGUUGUCUGAGGACCGCGUAGGAGACAUCUGCAAUGCUUGUGUGUUGUUGGUGAAGAGGUGGAAGAAACUCCCCAAUGGCUCCAAGAAAAACUGGAACCAUGUGGUGGAUGCCAGGGCCGGGCCGGGCUUCAAGGUGACGAAACCCAAGAAGAUCAAAAAUGGUGACGGAAAGAAGAAAAGCAAGCUGAAGAGGCUUCACAAGUUAAAGAGGCAAACAGACUCAGACGCUCACAGCACGACAUCCAGCGUGUCUCCUGCCCAGUCGCCCAGUUACAGCAAUAUGUCUGAUGACGGCUCGGACAUAGAGUCGAAACAAAGGCGUUCAUCGCCCUCCACUUUUUCUUUCUUGGACCGCUCCUACUGGAAAAGGCAAAAGGUUUGCUGCGGAAUCGUGUACAAAGGGCGCUUCGGCGAGGUGAUCAUCGACCCGCGCCUCUUCAAGCCCUGCUGUAAUUCCAAAACGCAGAAGAGUCUGACGUCCACGCAAGUUCCGUCGCUCCUUCCGGAAACGCAGCCGCAACAACUCCCGGAGGAAAGAAAGCUGGUGAUGGCUCUCGUUUAA